GGCACUGAGCGUAUCAUGUUGAAGAUGAGCGGGUGGCAGCGACAGAGCCAAAAUCAGAGCUGGAACCUGAGGAGAGAGUGUUCAAGAAGGAAGUGUAUCUUCAUACAUCACCACACCUGAAAGCAGGCAUCAGACCAGCUUGCCAACCUGUGGCAUAGACUGUUUGCUACAUGGAGCUUGUUCCAGCCACUCCCCAUUAUCCUGCAAAU